AUGGAUUCAAAUAAAUCAUUUUUGAUAAGAGACAUAAUUGGGGAUUUAAUUAAUAAUAGACCAACUGACAGCAUACAAACAGAUUUAUCGGAUGACGAAAACGUGGAAAUAGACAUUGAAGAUCGCUCAAGUCCCGAAUCAAAUCCCGAUAUCCGUUUCCCAUUUCCGAGUCACCAAUUGAAUCAUCAGGAAAUUGUGACGACAAGUUCAGACAUUCCUGGCAUUACUAAAGGAAGAAAACCGCGAAGACGACGAACUGCCUUUACUCACACACAAUUGGCGUAUUUGGAGCGAAAAUUUCGAUGUCAAAAGUAUCUUUCGGUAGCGGAUCGAAGUGAUGUCGCGGAUGCUUUAAAUUUGUCCGAGACGCAAGUCAAGACUUGGUAUCAGAAUCGAAGAACUAAAUGGAAACGUCAAAACCAAUUGAGGUUAGAACAGUUAAGACAUCAAGCGUCACUCGAAAAGGAAUAUGCAGCGACGGAUGGUCAAUCUUCCAUCCCAUGUUGUCCAACCUCGAAUUAUGGUCCAAAUCCGUGCAAUUUUCUAUCUACCGCUGCAGCUGCCGCCAUUUUUCGAAAUGUCACGUAUGUGCAUGGGGGUUGCCAAUUGUAA